GAAAAAGAAGAAGAAGAAGAAGACGUAUCGCAUGUUGUCUAGAUUUUCAGGUUGUUUCUUUUAAUAAGUCCUUUUCAGAUGGAUUUAGAAAGUGCAACAAACGCGCCGGGAUUUGUAGGCAUACGGUUUUGUCAGGAAUGUAAUAACAUGUUGUACCCAAAAGAAGACAAAGAGAACCGCAUCCUGCUGUAUGCGUGUAGAAACUGCGACUAUCAGCAGGAGGCUGACAACAGCUGCAUCUACGUCAACAAGAUCACCCACGAAGUUGAUGAACUGACACAAAUCAUCGCUGAUGUGGCCCAGGAUCCGACGCUGCCAAGAACAGAGGAUCACCCCUGUCCCAAAUGUGGUCACAAGGAGGCGGUGUUCUUCCAGUCUCACAGUAUGAAGGCUGAGGAUGCUAUGCGUCUGUACUACGUGUGCACGGCCCCUCACUGUGGACACCGCUGGACAGAGUAGCAGCUGUUCGUCAUCCAGAUGUUGCUCCUGGCAGGUUUUUACUGCUAGCUUCUCAAAAGAGUCCUAAACAGUCCAAGUUGGAGCCAGAUGGAUUGUUUUUUCCAUUAGCAGACCUGCUCUUUUGAUAUAACUGUUUUUUUAAUUGACAACCACUCUUUGAACAGAACGUGUUCAGCAGUGGUCAGUUUCAGUCGGGUUUUGUUAGAUUUGAAAAAUGUAUUUUUUUGUCAGGUAUUGUUUGUAUUAAAACUUUUUAUUUAAAAAAAAA